AUGGACGACUGGGAGAACUGUGUGAUGGCGGCUAUCAACCAGUCUCUAGAUCAGUUAGUUCUAGGGCUAAGUCGGGUAGAAACAGACACUCUCCAUGGCCACGAUAGUUCCUAUGUUGCAGGUUUAAUGCGACCUGUAUAUAACGAAUGCAACAGUGAAUCAGGCACAGGAUCCGAUGCUCGACGGAAAAUGCUGAUGCGUAGUCACCUCACGAGCUCCAACAUUUUCCCAAAUCUCGCCAACAUCAGCGAAGCCCAAUGUCGGGCUGUGAUCAGAAAUACUUGUCAGGAUAUGAGGCGCAUGGUAGAUGAGGUUGUAGGCAAUAUAUGUAACGAUCUUCACAGUAUCGUUGCGGAAGAGGGUGAGGCUACUGAGGCAAGGAGGUUCCCUGAAAUGGCGAGUACACUGCAACGUAAGGUUGAUGCAGCCCAAGCAACCCUCGAGCGUGCACAGAGGAUUGUGGGCGACCUGAAGAAUACACCAGAUGUUGUAUAG